AUGUGGCACGAGAAUAGACGGAAUUACCAGCUACGAAAUACGCUACCAGUUGUAUACUUGUCAUUAGCCUUCCAUGGCUCGAAGAACAUUAUGAUCAGUGGGCUGUCAUCGAUUAACAGCGAGAUGUUCCACAUUGUGAUCGAUGACUGCCAAGGGGUGACUUUGCAAGGUGUCAAGAUCACAGCUCCGAGAAACAGUCCAAACACCGACGGCAUCCAUGUCCAGGGAUCCACCGACGUCACGAUUACUGGGGCCGGCAUCAAGACCGGCGAUGAUUGCAUCUCGAUCGGCCCCGGCACCAUGAAUAUAUGGAUCGAGCAGGUCACCUGCGGUCCUGGCCAUGGCAUCAGCAUUGGGAGCCUGGGGAAGGAGUACGACGAGGAGGGGGUGGAGAACGUGACGGUGAAGACGACGGUGUUCACGGGAACGCAGAACGGGCUGCGGAUAAAGACGUGGGGGAAGCCGAGCGAAGGGUUCGUGAAGGGAGUGGCGUUCGAACACGCUACGAUGCAAAAUGUCCAAAAUCCCAUCAUCAUUGACCAGAAUUACUGCCCCGGCCAGAGUGGAUGCCCUGACCAGAAUUCUGGCGUGAAGAUAAGUCAAGUGACAUACAGUGAUAUCCAAGGAUCAUCUGCAUCACAAGUGGCUAUGAACUUUGACUGCAGUGCAAGCAAUCCAUGUAAUGGAAUUGAACUGCAAGACAUCAAGCUCACCUAUGGGGACCAACAAGCAAAAUCAUUUUGUAGUCAUGCUGAUGGCACUGUCUCUGGUUUUGUUGUGCCACCAAGUUGUUUAUGAUCAUUUGAGUUAUAAAAUUAUCGAAAUUAAGAUUCAGUAGCACGGUAUGGUUAUUUGAUGUGCAAAACCUUAGAAUUACCGGAUAGGAUAAAUACAUUGUGAACUUGAUCUAUUUCACCUAUGAAAGAGCAAAAAAAAAAAACUUGGACCUAUAUAUAGUCCAAGUCACUUGUACAAUACUUGUAGUGC